CGGACAUGAGGCGAGGUGAGUCCGACCCGAACGUGGAGAUUGAACCCGUACGCAGAAAUUUCUGAUCCACCCUGCUACGCCCAAGAAAUUUCUCAUCAGCUCUCCAUUUUUCAGCUGGGACUCCCAAAACCCUGCUACGAUCUUUUCAUCUGCGAUCAAUUCCAACAGGUAAGUCCUCGAAUUUCCUUUAGCUCGCACCUUUCCCGCGGCUUGGUCGGUCUCAAUCCAAAUUCUAGGGUUUUUAAGCAAAUGAGACCCUGGGGAUUCACUCAUCGUUGAAUUUGAUUGGAAUUAGUUGUUCUUACAAGAAUCAGAGGCGGAAAUUCGAGAUGAAUGUUCCCAUUAGGUCGAAGAGUACCCCCAAAAUCCCCAAAUUGAGGGGGGUUUUCAAUGGAUUAUGCGCGCUGAUAUUGGUUAUCUUGUUGUCCAAUCGGGGAGGUUUGAUUGAGAACAUUCCUGAUAGUGAAAGUUCGAAGCUUGGAGCUAUAUUGAGGAAUGGGGUGAGUCGGUUUGCACCGAUUCGUAGGCAGAUGAUCGAACUCGAUGCAAGUUUGAUUUCCCCAAGUUCAGGAAACAGGACUGAUGUAUUCGACAUCACUUUAGAGGAUAUGAACAACAGGCCACACGAAUGUAGAGAUGUGAUUGAUCACAAAGGAUACCCAAACCAAUGCUCCUUCUUGCAAGCCAAUCCACAAUGCUUCUCUGAUGGCUUCUUCAAUUAUGUUCAUUUCUUGUACUGUGAUUGUGGCAACUUCAGAUGGCUGGGGUUUCUUUUGCUGGGGAUCUGGCUUGCUGCAUUGUUCUACUUGCUGGGGAACACUGCUGCUGAUUACUUCUGCUGCUCGUUGGAGAAGCUCUCAAGUCUAUUGAAGCUCCCCCCUACUGUUGCUGGUGUUGCCCUCCUACCGCUUGGGAAUGGAGCUCCAGAUGUUUUUGCGAGCAUUGCUGCGUUCCUCGGAGAGAAUUCCGGCGACGUGGGGCUCAACAGCGUAUUGGGAGGUGCUGUGUUUGUGACCUCCGUUGUUGUUGGUGCAGUCUCAUUGUGUGUGGCAGAGAAGGAACUGCAGAUCGAUCGGAGAUGCUUUGUCAGGGACAUAUGUUUCUUCCUCGUUGCUCUCUUCUCAUUGCUGACAAUUUUGAUGGUUGGUAGAGUGACUGUUACAGUGGCAAUUGCAUUUGUUUCAAUCUAUGUGGUGUAUGCAUUCUUUGUAGCUGCUAAUGAGCUAUUGAGGAAACAUGCUCAGAGGUUGAAGUUGGAUUCGGUGACACCAUUGAUUCCUGUCAGGGGAAGUGUGUUUUCCCAGGGAAGUGAGGAAGAAGAUGUAGGAUCAGUUUACAGCUCUCUGCUCGAGGUGGAUACUGAGAGUGAUGUCAUACAUGAUCUACCACCGUCGUUGCCCUCGUGGAUGUGGGCUUCGAACGUGGCGAUAUUCUCAAACCACUCGUCGAAGUCGAAUUCUAUGGAUGAGGAAAGGUCGCCAUGGGGAUGGAACGAUGACCACGAGGGUGGAUCAGAUAUGAGAAAGUGUGCAGUCUCGUGUUCUCGAUUGUUUUCGAUCAUGGAGAUGCCGUUAACAGUGCCAAGGAGGCUGACAAUCCCCCUCGUGGACGACGAAACAUGGUCUAAACCAUAUGCAGUCAGCAGUGCUGCAUUAGCUCCACUUCUCAUUGCAUAUCUAUGGAGUACACAAAGCGAUCUCUCUCCUUCAAUUAGAAUCAUUGGUUAUAUAAUCGGUAUAUCACUUGGUUGCACGUUUGGGAUUCUAGCUUAUCAACGGACUCUACCUGACCGACCUCCUCGGACCUUUCUGCUAGCAUGGGUUCUAGGAGGGUUCAUGAUGAGCAUCGUCUGGUUCUACAUGAUUGCAAAUGAGCUUGUCUGUCUAUUAGUUGCAUUUGGUACUAUAUUAAGAAUCAAUCCAUCGAUCUUGGGACUAACUGUACUGGCAUGGGGCAAUUCCAUGGGCGAUCUGGUCUCGAACGUUGCACUGGCAAUGAAUGGUGGGGACAGUCUGCAGAUUGCCAUGUCUGGUUGCUAUGCGGGUCCAAUGUUUAACACACUCAUUGGGUUGGGCGCCUCGAUGGUGUUGGGCGCCUGGUCAAGGGGCAACGGUACAUACGAGAUCCCUCGAGAUGGUACGCUGUUCUUGACCAUUGGAUUUCUCGUAUCAGGGUUGCUCUGGGCUCUCAUCGUGCUGCCUAGAAACGAUAUGCGUCCUAAUAAGACGUUGGGCGUCGGGCUUAUAGUUAUGUAUCUAGUUUUUCUGACCGUGAGGCUGACUGCUGUCACGAGUUUCGUAUUAAGCUGAGCUCUUCAUCUAAUGUAUUGUUGUAAUCUAAUUUGUCAUGUGAACCUCAUUCUGUAAAAUUGCUUGUUCUGGAGAGUAGAGUCUUCAUAGUUAUCGUUUGAGCAAAGUCAUUCUGCACAUGCUGAUAUAUAGGGCGACUUGAUCAUGUUGUAAAUAGAUGGAUUCUUUCAGGGUAUUAGAAUCACACAGUUUUUCUUGUGAUCUUUUCCGUGUCUAAUGUUUUCUGGGUUGGUUUAGUUUACUGCAAUUGUAGAGCUGGGAUACAAUUGAACAAUUAAUUGUAUUGAUCUGCAUAAUUCUUCUCUGCUGUUUCAUGGAAUCAAAACAUUUCUUAAAA